AUGAGACACAACACUUGUCACCUCCCAAAUGGCAUGACAUUUAGCGUGUCGCCAGUCUUUGGUGGGGUCACGUUCAAAUCCAACGAUUUGAAUGUUCACAACUCCACCUUCCCGCCGGGAUGGACGAUCAUCAUCCACAGCGAAAAGACCGCCAAGCAGCCAGAGGAACAACGAGGUCGAACUGGCUCAGAGGAGGGACGUCCAUCUUCCAGCGAUGGCGACCAGAAUAUCUCCCGAUUUACCACCCCGACGUCACGGCGCGACUGUCUUUACAUCUCCUACAUCGUCAACCCACCGUCUAGCGACUUUAAACCGGCCUCCUCGCCCACUCGCCACAUUGCCAUGAUGCUCUGGGCGACCUUGUGGUGGUACUUUCACGAACCGGAACCCGAUCUCCAUCUGGACAAUGCGGCAUGCAGCGCGACCCCGAGCGGUGGACGUCCGAAGGGGGAAUGGCGGGUGAAUAUCAAACGAGAGGGGAUUUUCAAGGGCCGGAAUCUACUCCAAAAGCUGGAGCGCAUGAGUCUAGUUACGAGCGAAGACUCCUCGGUCGGACUGCAACCCGUUGAAACACGGGAUUCGAGCAGCUGGUCGAACAUGUUCGUCAGCCGACGAAGCUUCUGGCAGCUAGAUCCGCGUAUCUUUCUCUUCACGCUGACUCCGCGAGGAGGAGCUCCAUCCCCUUCUCUGACCCCGUUCCAAUCCCGGCAUGCUUCGCCAGCGCGGGAUGGCCUUCCUUCCUCAACGGUCCUGUCGCCCACCGAGGCAACAUUUCAUACUGCCAGUCUCGGUCCCUACACGUCAGUCGGUCCCUUCACAUCUGGCAGCCAUCUUCCAACGUACUACCCGCCCGCACCAACACAAUAUAAGUUCACUAAUGGUAUCCGGCACCCGAUUCGUCCGAAGCCACCGCGUCAGGGGGAAAUUUUCUAUACGCGGUAUAUCCCGAGUGUAGAACAAUAUCUCACAUUCCGGAUCCCGUUCGUGCCGAUGACGAAGCCCGAAAUGGCACCUGGCAGUGACAGCCGGCCUUCCACGCCAGUCAAAGUAGUCGCUUCGUCCGUGACGGGUGUCGAGCAGCAUCUUUGGCAGGACAUCCCGUCGGAUUUGGAUACCCUGCAUAAGUGGAUGAAUGAGCCCCGUGUCGAAGCAAUGUGGGGAGUCGGGGGCCCCAAGGAAGUACAGGAGAAGUUUCUCUUGACUAAUCUGACGAGUCGACACAGUUUCCCCGUCAUUGGGUGCUGGGAUGGGAAACCAUUCGGCUAUUUUGAGAUCUACUGGGUGAAAGAGGAUCCACUGGGUCGUCUGUUGGAUCGAGUAGACAAUUAUGAUCGAGGCAUUCACCUGCUUGUCGGCGAGCAGGAGUUCCGGGGGGCACAUCGAGUGGUGAUCUGGUUGACAGCUCUGGUACACCAUUGCUUUUUGAGUGAUCUGAGAACGGAUUCGGUGGUUCUGGAGCCGCGAGUUGAUAAUAUAAAGUAA